AGCAGCAAGCAUGGCUUCAUCGCAAGGCAAGACUGAGCUGAAAUUCGCAGACUGGAUGGCAACUUUGCCGGAAAGCAUCCACAACGUGCCCGUGUCAAACCUGGCGAUCCCAGGGUCUCAUGAUUCAUUUAGCUUCUACAUUGACGAGGCCUCUCCAGUUGGACCUGAGCAACCAGAAACUGUCCAGAAUUUUGUCUCUGUGUUUGGAACUGUGGCUAAAAAGCUGAUGAGAAAAUGGCUGGCAACACAGACAAUGAAUUUCACAAGCCAACUUGGAGCAGGCAUUCGUUAUUUUGAUCUAAGAAUCUCCACAAAGCCCAGAGACCCUGACAACGAACUCUACUUUGCUCAUGGUUUAUUCAGUGCCAAAGUCAAUGAGGGCCUCCAGGAGAUCAGUGCCUUUCUUGGUGACCACCAUAAGGAAGUGGUCUUGUUGGACUUCAAUCACUUUUAUGGGAUGCAGAAAUGCCACCAUGAAAAACUGGUCCAAAUGCUCAAAGACACUUUUGGGAAUAAAAUGUGCCCUGCCAUAUUUGCCCAUGAAGUCUGUCUCCAAUACCUGUGGGAGAAGGAUUAUCAAGUUUUGGUCUUUUACCACAGUCCAGUGGCUUUGGAAGUCCCAUUUCUAUGGCCAGGACAGAUGAUGCCGGCCCCGUGGGCAAACACAACAGAUCCAGAAAAACUGAUCCAGUUUCUCCAGGCAUCAAUCAUCGAGAGAAGGAAGAAGGGCUCUUUUUUUAUAUCUCAGGUGGUGCUGACCCCAAAGGCUAGUACUGUGGUCAAGGGAGUCACUAGUGGUCUCAGAGAAACAAUCACAGAAAGAGCUCUUCCUGCCAUGAUGCAGUGGGUCCGAACCCAGACACCAGGUGAAAGCGGUAUCAACAUUGUCACUGCGGACUUUGUAGAACUUGGCGACUUUAUCAGCACAGUCAUAAAACUGAACCACAUCCUGGAUGAAGGUGAAGCCGAUACGACUUGAUACUGUACUGUACCGUACCGUGUCCAAUAUGCUCCAGAAUGGAACUUUUAUUCCAGUUGUGUUAGGUUAGGUUGUAAUCUUGUAAUGGAUUUUGCAAGCACAUGCUGAAUAUUAUCAUUUAUAUUAUUAUUUGGGGCGUGUCAAAGGGUAGGCGAA